AUGACGGAUUCCCUGCCUCGACCAGACCUAGUCGUCUCCAUCGACUUUGGAAUGACAUGUACGGGUGUCGCAUACUGCAACCUUGCGACCGGUUCUGAUGCCGUACGGCAUAUUCAAAGAUGGCCAGGGAGGAUGCAAGCAAAUGAGAACAAGGUCCCGACCUUACUAGUCUAUCCUCGGAACUCAAGCACGCCAUCUUCAUGGGGAUUUCUCGCCGAAACGGCGCAAGAAUCCAGUGGUGCGGGAUACGAAAGUAGGGAGUGGUUCAAAAUUAUGCUCGACGAAACUAUCCUGCAGCAAAUGCGGAAGAACUCAAAGGGCCCAUCGAAGGUGCCAAAUAUAGAUGAAGUUGAGCGAUGGUAUACACAUUACUUCCAAUACCUUUAUCGCACCAUCGAAACCCGCCUCAAGGGCGAACUCGCCAGCCGAUGGGAAGAUGCAAGGAUCGAGUUUAUCUUUUCGGUGCCCACCACAUGGAAGCCAAACCCGACCGUCGAGCGCUUCAAGAAGAUUAUUUCAGUAGCAGGGUUUGGAUUGCAUACAAAUCAUACAGCUUCUAUCGGCUUGACGGAAGCUGAGGCAGCUGCAGUGCAUACAGCGCGAAGCAUGCCAGGCAUAUUCCAAGAGAACGAUAUACUGUUAGUAUGCGAUGUUGGAGGGGGCACAACGGAUCUGUCGGUGUUUCGAGUCAAGAGUACAAUCGAAGGUUCUCUAAACCUUGACCAGAUUGAUGUAGUCUUCGGUGCGACCAUUGGUGCUGCACAGCUCGAUAGCCUCUACGAGAACGCUGUGUCGGAGCGAUUACAAUACGCCCAUCAGAAAUUGCCCAUGGAACUACCAGACAUAAGCCAAGCUGCAUGGGAAAUGAGAAUUAGCAAGGAGUAUCAGAACGCCAAGUGUGACUUUGGAUCCGAGGAGUCAAUGGCCGAUACCGAAACAUUUACGGUACGAGUACCAAAGUUGGACAGAACUUACGCGAACCAACAAUAUGGAAUCAGCGGAGGCGAUAUGCAUUUUCAAAGAAAUGACCUCAAGCGCUUCUUUGACAUGCAGAUAUCCAAAUUGAUCGACCUGAUUGACAAACAGCUCACGCGUAUUCAACAGAAGCACCCAAACGAACAGGUGGGCCACUUGGUCCUUUCUGGAGGUCUGGGUAACUCUGCAUAUGUUCAGAAUUGUUUACGCAGCCGCUACACCUCUGGUAACACACCACAAUCAAAUGCGCAAAACAUGCAGAUCCGUAUUGCUCCCGAUCCGCAACUGGUAGUCUGCAAAGGCAUCGUAGCCGAUCGCGUAGAGAAACUCAAGACUGGCCAGGCAGUGCUUGGGUGGCGAUGCUGUAGAGCUUCAUACGGGACUAGAUGUAAGAUACUGCAUGACCCGUCUAAUCCCGCGCACUUUGCUCUACCAACACAACUGGAUGAGAUGGAUGGAAAGUUGUAUAUUGUGGACUACAUUGAUUGGUUUAUUAAGCAAGGCGAACCCGUCUCUAGCGACUUCCCCAUCGUGAGAAGUUUCAAUCGGAAAUGUCCGCCAGCAUCUACCUCCAACCCAGAUCCAUUACGCAUAUUCCCGACCGAUAUUAUCUACUCUGAAGUCGACAGAAGUCAGUUACCAUUAGUGAAGGAUGACUCAUGCCGCUCCCUCUGCAAAGUCGAAUCCGACUUCUCCUCACUCCCUCUCUCCCUAUUCAAGCUCAAAAAUCGACACUGGUGGAACACAGGCCAAAAAUAUCAUCGCAUCAACUAUGUCGUCAAAGUCAACCUUGGAGCUGCAGAUGUGGUGUUCGAGCUAUGGCACAAUGGUGUCAAGCUAAGCAAGGACAACUCAAUCAAAGUCGAGUGGGAGGCCGCUGCACCACCGGAUGUGAGUGCGAUGACAAUACCAAUGGAUUUUCCAAUGAACAGUCUUCCGACGGCAGGCGGAAAUGCGAUGAAGAAGUUUGCCAAAAGUCUACUGGGUAGAAACCAGUCUGGGCCUGCGGGUGGAAAUGCUUGGGAUGAUAAGGAUGAUAUUCAGACGCACGUCAAGCCGUUACAUCAGAACGGCUCUACGGUUUGGUAG